AUGCUGCAAACGGAAGCUGACAGCCGACACAGGCGGAUCACGCUCAGCAUCACCAAUCCCGAGGUCGAGGACCAGGAUCUUCUGUCACUAGAUGUCUUCCCCGACAUGACCCUGGAGACGCUACGAAACUCCAUCCAAGCCGAAACACAGAUCCACCCCACAGCACAGCACCUUUACCACAACGGCCAGCUCAUAACAGAUGAUACCAAGACAAUGGAACAGCUCAGGAUAGGCGACGGGGAAAUGCUAGCCCUGCAUGUUAGAGACAUGCGGGGGAGCACAGGAGUGCCCGUGGCAAGUAGGGGACAGCAGCAGCAAGAACGCAGGCGGCCAGAGGCCGGGGCCGGUCAGGAUCCUGAGUUGAUCCGCCUCCAGAUCCUCGGAGACCCGAGACUACGCGCUGAGGCGCUGAGGCAGCAACCCCAGCUGGCGGCUGCUCUAGAGGACCCUCAGAGAUUUGCACAGCUGUUCAACGAGAGCUAUGAUCGUGAGCGGAGGGAACGUGCCGAGCGCCAACGACAAAUCGCUGCUCUCAACGCCGACCCCUUCGACAUCGAGGCCCAAGCUAAGAUCGAGGAGAUCAUUCGACAGGAACGGGUCAUGGAGAAUCUUCAGAAUGCUAUGGAGCAUAACCCCGAGGUUUUCGGCCGUGUACACCUGCUGUAUGUUGAUGUCGAGGUUAACGGACACAAACUGAAGGCGUUGGUGGACUCGGGUGCACAGGCAACCAUCAUGUCACCCGCUUCUGCUGAGGCUUGUGGCAUCAUGCGUCUGAUUGACAAGCGGUUUGCUGGAAUUGCCCGUGGCGUUGGUACAGCAAACAUUAUUGGUCGGGUACACUCUGCCCAGAUCAAGAUUGGGAGUUUAUUCUUGCCUUGCAGUUUCACUGUGAUGGAGGGCAAGUCCGUGGAUCUCCUUCUGGGCCUCGAUAUGCUCAAGCGCCACCAAGCAAGUAUAGACUUGGCUAAGGACAAGCUCAUCAUCCAGGGUGUGGAGAUACCCUUCCUGGGAGAGGCAGAUAUUCCCAAGGAAUCCGAGGAAGCCAUGGUGGAAGAACCGACAAUUAGUGGACCUGGAGGCACCACGAUUGGUGCGCGAUCCGGCGCUGUCUCUGCUCCUGGGGGUCCUGGAGGACCUCCGGCACCACCAGCCCCUUCAUCUUCACAAACUCCUAUACGCCAGGCACCACCACCUUCGAACCCCCCCAGCCAGACAUUUCCGAAUGAGGCGAUCGAACAGCUCAUGCAGCUGGGCUUCUCGAGAGAAGCAGCAAUCAAUGCAUUGCAGGCCACUGGAGGUAACGUGGAGUAUGCUGCCGGCCUGCUCUUCCAGGGUUGA